GAUGGGAUGAUUUGUAGGAUCGUUUUGGAUCAUCCUUGGAUGGGACCCAGUCCUAUGGUUGAUCACGUGAUCGAAGAACCAGAUGGGAUGGUGGUCCUAAAGUUAGGAUCAGAUCGGGAUCAUUAUGCUAAAGGAUCAUUUAGGACUCAGUCCCUAAGGAUCAAUUAA